UGUCGGAAGUGACUGCAGAAAUCGUCAAAAUAAGCCUGUUCCUCCGUGACCGACCUGUCAGACGACGCUCUGGAUGUUUAGAACUGCUCUAAAAAGAUUUCAGAACAAAUGGAAAUCGUACAGACACCGAUUUGUUCCUUGGAUUAUACUGAACCUGUCUAAAAAUGAGAAAACUCUGCGGCAGGUGACAGAGCGCACCAAAGACAAACUGGUUUCAGACGAGGAGGUUUCACAGAGCCUGCUGAAGCUCUUCAGAGUCCUGCUCAGGAGUCAUGGGGCUGAUCACGGUGAGCUCCGAGCGGCUCAGACUCACUUUCUCAGUCAGGUAACAAGUGAGGAAGAGCAGUAUGGGCGAAAUCCAGCGUGUGGACAUGAUGCCAUGUUACAGUCUCUGGGAUUCUGCAUUGACCGGCAGCCCAGCACUUUGCCCUUUGCAGGAACCGGGGUGUAUGUUACCAAAGGAUUUGUACCCAAAGGAGCCACAGUUGCCAUGUACCCCGGCACAGUGUAUCAAGCCUAUGAGCCUAUUCUCCUGCAGUCCAUCAGAAACCCCUUUGUAUUCAGGUGUAUUGAUGGUGUCCUGAUUGAUGGAAAUGACAAAGGCAUCUCCAAGAUGGUGUUCAAGUCAUGCAGUGGCAGGGACAGAGUAGGGCCCUUCAUGAUGAGUGAUACCAGCUGGCUUACAGCCACUCCACAGAACCCGCUUGCUGUGGGACAGUACGUGAACAACUGCUCUAACGAGUGGCCUGCUAACGUGUGCUACCAGGAGUAUGAUGUGCCAGACGAGUUUCCCAUCGAGCUCCACCAGUAUCUCCCCAAUGUCAACUACAGCCAGGACACAAGGAGGCCCCUGCGCUGUGUUGUCCUUGUAUCACUCAGAGACAUUACAGCAGGGGAGGAACUCUUCUCCAACUACUACACAAUUGUGCGUUAAAAUAUCAACUAUCAAAAUACACUCCACUGUUCUGCUUUGGUGUCAGAGCUGAAGAAAAUUAACAUUUUUUAAAAAUUCAAGCAACACUGUUAUCAUUGUUUGUAUUUAAUGGCAAAACAGCUCAUUUUGAAAGAUAUUUUCUUUGUAUACUCUUUAAGGAAUAAAGGUUAAAUAUGUCUUGUAUGGUUUAUCAUAAUAUGCAAGAAACAAAACUGCUGUUUUUUUUUUUUUGACAGUUUGACAGGUAAUGCAAGGAUAUACAGAAAGAUCAAAGAUUAGUUGGGCCAGGCCACAUAUUCCAGACCUGAACAUGGUGGUGGAGGAGGUAUUCAGAUCAUUUACUCAAGUAAAAGUAUCAAUACUUCGACUAAAAGUAUUGCAUUACUGGUAAAAGUUAAAAGAUAUGUAAAAAUACAAAUGUGUUAUCAGCUAAAUACACUUAAAUAUCCAGAAAUAAAAAUACCCAUUAUGCAGAAUAACCCUUUAUUUACUAAAAACUAUAUGUUAUACUA